GAGGUGGUUUUUCCUAACAUCCUGUCGUAGGAAUGAUUUGCUCCUCAUAAUACCGUACACUGUUUGCUCCAUGUUAUUUUCACUCUUCAUAUACUUCCACUAAAUCACAUGUAAAAUAUAUUCGGCUCUAUAUAUUCCCCUGUGAAUAAGCAACAAGCAUAAACACACUCUCAGAAGGUGAGGAACAUGAAUAAUAUGUCCACCUCUGAGUGUAGCAGUGGGUGUGAAUCCGGGUGGACGGCUUACCUGGAUCAUACCUCAGCUACUACUGCUUAUCAGUAUGAUCAGAACCAAUGGAGAAGCAUUGGCCUUAAUGUGGAUCAGCAAAAUCCAGAAACUGAGGAUUUGUCGAUGGUCUCUGAUGCAUCGUCAGGCCCUCGAUGUAUGCAAGAUGGAGAUCGCUCUUCUGCAUACUUUUCGGCUUCAGCUUCGGGCUUAGAGCAGGUGAAAAAGAAGCAGAAGAGUAAAGUAAAAGAUAAGAAACUGCAGGAUACUCAUCUUGUGGAUACUGCUAGCUCCCCUGUUGCUAAGGUAUCAUUCUCUGUUCUGGAACAAAGCUCUGAGUCUUUUGAUUACUUUGUUAUUCACUUGUGCACGGGCCAUUGGGUACGUUGCAGUUUACUAAUGCAUGCAUUUCUAGAACAAGUUUGGCCAUUCCACCAACCAAGCUUCAAUGAUGCAAAAUCAGAGCUCCUCUGCAACUCAGCAGAAGGGAAAAUCUGGAUUGCGGAAACAUUUUGGCUUUCUGAAAUCCUCUGUUUCUGGAAAAGCAGCUUCACAUAAAUCAGGUGGUUUGUAGGAGAGGAAGUCGUAGUAGGGGAUGGCAUUCAUAAUGUAUAAUCUUGUGUCCUGUAUCUGCUACUGCUGCUCAACAAAGAGAGGGAAAGAAAAACAAUGCAGUAGAUUUCAAAGAUCCUGCCCUUUUUCCCUCUGUUUUUUUUACUAUCUUUAUUAAUUUGUUCAUAUUUGCUAUUGUUCUUGUCUGUGCAAACGGAAACAACCUGAGCACAUAAAAAUUAAAACUCUUUGAGAUAAAUGGGCAGUACCAGAAUUUAAGAUC